AUGACAGUAAAGGCCUGCACAAUCGGACAGAAUCCAACAAACUUGCUAAAAAGAAGUGGGUGGGAAUAUGUAUGCCAAGAUUCUUGUAAAAACAGUUUUACGUUGCGGGCCGAAGCGGGACGGCAAAAAAUCUUUAUGCCCAUGCAGGCCCCUAACGGUUCUGGCCACGUGAUUAAAAAACGACAAGCUACAGCAGGUAAAAGUCCACAAGUUCCAUCACCACAACCACAAGUACCUCAACAGGCAUCGAAAGCACCACAAGCACAAGAACCACCGGCUCAAUCACAGGCACCACCGGCACAAGCACCACCGGCACAAUCACAGGCACCACCGGCACAAUCACAGGCACAACCAGCUCAACAACCACCAUCUCAACAAACACAGCCAGCUCAACCAGCUCAACCACCAGCUCAACAAUCACAACCAGCUCAGCAAACACAACCAUCUCCGCAAGGGCAAACACAGCCAGCUCAACCAGCUCAGUCACAGCCGGGACCACAAGGACAAGGACAAACACAACCAGGUCCACAACCAGCUCAAACACAAGCACAAGGAGGUACUCACCAGUCUGCAAACGGUAAUGAUCAAAAAAGUACAUCAUUAUCGUUUGUAGUUAAUGAUUUCACAUUUAAUUCUUGUACUGACACAUUAAAAUGUUCAAAAGAAAACAUUGGGACUACUGACAAACAUAUACCUUCAACAACAGCGCCAAAAGUGACCAGUGAAUUAACUACAACCUAUGAUGUUUGUACCAACAAUCCCAAUUGUAAAGUUGUCCCGCUGACUCCUGGUCAAUCAGCAAAAAUGGUUACGACUACUCAACCGGCGGAAACUAAUAUUGUCACUUUACCACCAGCAAACGGUGCAUCACCUAAACCUAACGCAAAAUAUACAACAACUAAAUUUACCUCAACUAUAUAUCAAGUAUAUCCAGGUUAUUCAACAAUUACCUCAUCAACAGGUUCAGAUGGACAAGUAGCAACAUAUGAGACCUAUGUUCCACCAAGUACAGUUGUUGUAUUAAAAGAAGUUACUGGUGUUCAAGAAGCUGAUGCAUUAAGUACUGAUGGAAUUGUUGGUGGUGGAAAUAGUUUUAAUGAAAUGAGAAGAUCUGGAUCUGGACUAUUGG